GUCACAUGUCAGAAAGUGACGAGGCAAACGAGGAAGUACAACACGUUUCUGUACCGGCAAAUCUGAGAGGAGGCAAACCGUAAACAUGUAGCAUAGACAAUCUUUGAUCGGAACGUGUGACGUGAUCAGAUGUCACUGUGUGUAAUUAAAUGAUGGUCAGUUCUCCAUUAAAGUUACAUCUUUUUGCACACACUUGCAAGGCGAGAAACAAGUGCGAACUUUUAGCCUGACGCUUUCAAAAGCAGACACCUCCAAGUUUCACAGGAGCAUGUUUCACCAAAAUUACCCGGGCACAGCUUUGGUCUGCAGAUUGAUCUUUCACCGUGAUCGGCUUAAUAAACGACUUGUAACAAUGUCAAUACCGAAGCUCUCAGACGAAAGCUGGAAGCGACAGACGAGCGGAGGCACAUCGCGGAUCAAUGCGGAUGGCAGCGACGCUGUGACAAGCAACGAGGGGGGUGAAAACGUCCAUGCUGGAGGAAAGUUCACAGAGGAAGAGCUGGCCAUCCACAGAAUCCAUAGAGAGGCGUGUGAGGCAAAGAAGCAGAUGUAUGUCGACCCUUCCAGUGGGUACAAGGUGUUCACUGACUAUGCCCACCGUCAGAGGGGGAAAUGCUGUGGCAGCGCAUGCAGACAUUGUCCAUAUGGCCAAGUCAACGUGAAGGACCCUGCAAUGAAGAAACAGUUUAAUUCUCUGUUUUAUGUGUAGGCCUAACAUCACAAAGGUAAAAUGCCUGUGAGGAAUGGAAGCCACCUCACGUUGCUUAUCUUUUGCCUGUCAUUAUUUGGAUGACUUGAGAGUCAUUUUUUUUUAGCAGUGUACUAAAUGAUGAAAUAUGGGUAGUGUCUGUGCAAUACCUCCCUCCCCAUGAAUCACAACUAUUCUAGGGAUUGUUUUCAUUCUCAUAAGACAGGCAAGUUGGAGAAAAGGAUUUGUUCACUAGAACCUCACACAGAAGUAGCCUUUUAUCAGGUUUUGGUAUGCUGUAUUUUUCUGAUUUAUUUUUUAUUUCAAAUGCCCAAUGAAUCGCCUUGAGCUUCAUUUUUCAUUUCUCCUGAAGAGCAUUUAAUAUUUUGUGUUAUUCUGCUUCCUCUGAUGCAUUUACAAGGGUUGUGGGAGUAUGGAGAUGAAAACUGAAAGAUCAUUUAAGAUCUUCGCCCUCAAGAUAAAGGGCAUAUAAGCAAAAGUAACCGUAGACAGUCAGAUGGAGUCUUGUGCUAUUUUGCUUUGCAUCUCUUCUUAUUUUCCCUCCCAAAUGUACGACUGCAUGAAUAUUAGCAUCAUUUACACUCCGCGAGUGUUCGCCUGAACUGUCUACCUUUGACUGAAACAUUGUGCUGUUAAAAAUAGGCAGGGGCCAAGGGUCAGCCCUUACACUUGGCUGCUCUGCUUUUACACCACUUGAUGGAAUCAGGCUGUUAACAAACAUGCCAUGGACAUCAACAGCAGCCCUUCCCACAGGACUCGCAGCUCAGCCUCCUGGCAACACUGGGCUACAGCUUAGUUCCCUGCGGCUGCUCUCCUGAGCUGCAGCCUAAUGAACUCAUGGGCCCUCUUAUCCCAGCACUGCAAUGGAUCAGCUCGGGCUAAGAUGCACACAUGCAUAGGCAGGCUUACUCCAUCAGAACACCCUGUGGCUCCUAAUAGGCCGAUAUAGAAGAAAGGUUGUGCUAAACACCACACUGUAGCCCACAGUAAUAGUACAAGGUAAGGUCAAGUGCUCACACAGCACUACCUGUGCGUGCAAGAGAUGUUGAGGAAAGAUGUGCCACUCGAUUUGUGAUUUGUGAGUGCAUGUGGGUAGGCAGCGCGAUGCCUUCAGGCGUUGGCUGUGAACCUGCCACACACACUUGUCCGUCUCCGCCUGAUUGGGCAAACAACGUAGGGAUGAGAGGAUGUGUCUGCCGCGGAAUUCCGUUGCAGCCGCCUACUGGCACGGCCGCAAUUUUCCUCGGCAGGUGGGUCCCAAAGGCAAGUGCUUAGUGAUCGGAGCAAAGCCCUGUGAGCGGCUACAAGGAGAUUCAUGAUCCCAACAGUGCUGGGGAGGACAGGUUCUUGGGGACGCGUCGUCAGGCGGGAUGAGAGGCGAAUUUAUUUGGUGUUAUUCUAAACCGAGGCAGCGGAGCGUGCGGCAGCAACAUUUCUGCAGCGGAACGGUGAAGGUGUCACACUCAUCAAGUACCUGGGCCCGCUUGCUUGCCGCGGCUCUGCGGGUUUUGCCUAGGGACUUGUCUGUCACAUUAAAGUAGAUGCAUUGCCAUUCAGGGCCUCGGCGGUCCCGCAGCCUGACCAUGAAAUAGGCCAACUUUCAUGUCUGCCUCAUCCCUCCACGUCUUCCCAAUCCAGUGAUGGCACAGUUUGAAAUGUUUUUUUUUUUUUUCAUCAUCAUGUUCUAGCUUAGCAGUUGGUGACUGAGACACAAACAGCACAGCAAACCCUUCGACAGAUUUAUGGGAAAUUUUUCUUGAAAAUCGACCCUGCCUUCCCACACCACACUGAUCAAUCACCCCAAUAAAGUAUGUUUAGACACAGACUUGUCUGAGUACAUUUUCUUCAGAUGUGCCCUUUGUGUCAUCUCCUUCCACAAUGAAAGAGCAUUUAACUAAAAGUCUGAUCAUUCAUGUUUUUCCUGUUUCUUGUCUUGCAGAUAAAUUGCUUGUGAUACCAGGUCUUUAAGUAAAGCCUUUAAAUCAGAAGCCUUAACUGACCUUAUUCGUGA